AGUACAUCCUACCUCGACGACUAUUUAUCGAACUGUCCUUACUGCCCAGAGGUAUAAAGUAUUUAUUGCUCAACUUAUCUCAUAUUUAUGUCUUUACCUAACGUAUUCCUAUAAAUGUCUGUUUGUCAUUGAUCAAGAUGAAUUGUUUUAAUUUUUGUCCCUGAAAGUGUAUAAUUUGAUGAUUUUAACUGAUAUGUCGAGCUGAGUUCUCCCGUCGAGAUAGGUUUCGCCGUGUUUUUUAAAGCUGGCGAAUCACUCGAAACCCUUCUUUGGCCGUUCUUGACUACAGUUUCCAUUCAGUGAAAGUCUUUAUUAGUCAUCGCUAGAUAUCUACAGUUAGCUGAUUAGUGAAUUGGCACAAAUAUCUGUUUGUGCGAGUGGUAUUCAAACGGCAGUUUGCGGUCAAUAUGAGGUGAACUGGACCCUGGUGUAUGGCAAGCCGUUUUAACAUAAUAUUGACUUCACAGAUCUACGUUCCAGGUAUGUGAAAUUGGUUCAUGACUAGUCGUAUCAGUUAAUAGGAUGUCUAAUUGUAUAUUCACUAGACAAAAAUACCCAUUCAAAAUAAUUCUAACUAGUAUAAGUGACGUCAGAUUUACCAAUAAGAUAACUUAAUGUGUGAAUUUAUGUAUGUACAGUAUUCGUUUAAUUUUCACCCCUGUUGUUUCAAGUUGGUAUUAAUCCACCCCUCCUUCAAGCCAAACAUAGAAAUCAGAGAUUUUAUAUUUAAACAGUUACCGUUGUAUUUUCUGUCACUAGAUUUUUUUCUGUUACUAACUAAAUAAGACAGAAUUGUGAACAUAGUGUCUUUAGUAAAUAUGUUUUUUUUUAUCUAUUGAAAUAGGGAGUACAGUGAAGUAAACUUUAGCAAACAUAUCAUCCAAGCACAGGAGUGUCUUUCCAAUCCACUGGGAUCCUGACCUCUUGGGUGUUUUUGUCUAUUCAGCUGGAAUAAAGAUGGAAAGAAAGUGGGAAGACAUUUUCUUCUAUCUUUCCCAACGAUCCUUCCCAGAGGAGUUUCGGAAAGCUCAGAAGCAAAACCUCAGGAGAUAUGCCGCCAAAUUUACAUUGAAGGAGGAAGAACUUUACUUUGGAAACAGAAAGGUUGUUAAGACCAAGGAGGAGGCAAAGGAACUUUUUAAAGAGUUUCACAUUUCUCCAACUGGUUCUCACAUGGGAAUUGUGAAAACGAGGUCGGCUAUGUGCACCAAGUUUUACUGGCAUGGCAUGUCUGUGGAUGUGGACAAAUGGGUUGCAGAGUGUGAUAACUGCCAAAGGGUUGGCAGACCUUUGGCUUAUGGUCGGAAACGCAAAUAUGUUAAGCGUUCCCUUGUCCUGAAAUUCAUAAUGGCACAGAGCAUUUUAUUGGAGGUGUGCGUGGAUUCCGUGGAGUCUGCUGUCAAUGCUGAGCGAGGAGGUGCUGGUCGACUGGAGUUGUGUUCAAGUCUUAUAGAGGGAGGUCUCACUCCCAGUCUCGGUCUUCUACAGGUGGUAAAGCAGUAUAUCAAAAUUCCGAUCUACGUAAUGAUACGGCCUCGAGGUGGGGACUUCCUUUAUUCUGACCAAGAAGUGGAGGUGAUGAAGAAGGACAUCGAGCUGAUGAAGACGCAGGGAGCAGAUGGUGUAGUGGUAGGCGCCUUGACAGAGACCGGAGGGGUGGAUGCAGGUCUCUGCAUGGAGCUGAUAGCUGCUGCUCGUCCUCUGCCUGUGACCUUCCAUCGAGCUUUUGACAUGGCCUAUGACCCAGCAGUUGCUCUGGAGACUCUGAUAUCGUUAGGAUUCGAGAGGGUGCUGACGAGUGGCUGCGACAGCUCGGCUUUGGAGGGGCUGCCCGUUAUUAAACGGCUCAUUGAUCAAGCCAAAGGGAGGAUAAUUGUAAUGCCAGGUGGUGGUAUUACAGAGAGGAACCUGCAGAGAAUACUGGAGGGUUCUGGAGCUGAGGAGUUUCACUGCUCGGCUCGUUCCAGCAGAGACUCGGCAAUGAAAUUCAGGAACACCUGUGUAACAAUGGGAGCUACGAUGUCAGCGCCUGAGUACGGCCUGAAGGUGGCAGAUGCCAGCAAAGUCCGGAGUCUGAACGCAAUUGCCAAAAAUACCUUGUGAUACCUCAAAAAGAUGUUUUUUUCAUACAUUCAUUUUCAAAAGGCCUCAGUGUUCGUUUUCUUUAAUCAGAGCAUUAACGUUUAAACAGUCUGUUUAUUUUUGCAGCUCAGGGAGAACACUACUGUCUUACAUGCUGUUAAUGAAGGUUUAUUACUGAACAAAAAGCUGUGGAUCAUUCACAGGUGUGUUUGUACGCGUACUUCUGAGGUGCAGAACACAAAAGGAACAGCAUUUCACACAACAUUGUGGGAAAACUUGAAAAAGCAUUUAAAAAAACAGAGUCAUAAAACUACAAAAGAAUAUAAAACAGUUGAACAAUUCAAAGAAUAAAACAAAGAAACAAAUUCACAAUGAAAGUACAUUCAGUGCAAUGUUAUAAUUGUUUUGUUUCCUUAGCUGUGUUCUUUUCUUUUCUGUUUUGGAUUUUUCAUUUAGCUGUUUUCUUCUGCUACCAUUGUGUUUUGCAUAUUUUAAUUGAGCCAUUUUUGAGCUAAGAUGUGUGGAGAGUUUUAAAAUUCUGGGUUUGAUUUGUAAAGUAAUAAAUAUGAUUAGAUCUCUGGAUCUGAGAAAAAAAAGUUAUUGUUUUAAUCUGGUUUAUUUAUAUAGCGACAGUUAACAACAUGCCAAUUUAAGGCACUUUGCAAAAAAAAGCAAAUUCAGUCCUGUCAGACAUAUUUAAAGUCAAGAACAUACAUUCAAGUUGAUCACAGUUCUCAAAAAAACCCAAUCAAGCAUUUGAUUUUGUUCACAAGGUGGAGGUAGAAGAUGAAGCCUUUAUGUUAUUGGAACUAAGAUGCUGAUUUGUAAAAAGAAAAUUGUUUGCUUUUUUUGUUUCAAGUGUGCACUGACUUUCACAAAGUUGCAACUCACAUUUACGCACCUUUGCAUACAUUCAAUAAACAGUUUAUACUGUGUGACUUUAGGGAUACACAAAGAGGUCAAGAUAGUGAUGCUGUUGUUAAAUAUAAGAAAAUAUACAUUAUUCCCAUGUUAUUACAAAGUUUAAAGUACUUAUAUGUAGCGAAAAGUUGACUAAAACGUUAGACUCAGAUAUUUUUUUUUUCUUGGGCAAACAAAACCCUCUCAUGUUUAGCAAAACUAUUAGUCAUUUGUGACCUAAAAUACCCCAAAACAAAACUAUACUUUAACUUGUUAAUGAUAAUGUGCCUCUUUUGGUUGGUUAUGCAGGCUAAUAUUGAAGUGUGGCAUUUAGUUAUUGUCCAGUUUCUAAGUUAAGGGUCUUUUUCAUUAUUGAUUAAAACAAAACACAUUACACUAAAAUGACCUCUAGACACAUUCCUAUCCUCAGCAGCGUAGUUGUAUUUUGAACAGUGAAUAUAGUAUUUUUUAUCAUGCAUAUAUUGGCGUCACGUUGCUGUCCUGGGAGCUGCAAGAAUAUUGAGUCAGCAUGACUAUGUGCUUGUGAAAUUAGUAAACGUUUACUGAUUACCUACAACACAGUAGGAGAAAUCUCUUUCAUGGCCAUUGAAGAUAGUCAGAACCCACACACACACACACACACACACACACACACAUGAUCUAAAGUCAUUGGAGACUAUAUUUAUAGAGAUGGACUUUUCAAUCACACAGAUAUAGCUCAUUGGUAAUAAAAAUAAUUAAUCUAUUUUGAAUAAGAUCUGUUGGGGUUGUUUUAGUGCACUGAGUUGUUUAUCAGCUCUGAUAACACCAGUGCCAGUCAGACACUGAUAAGAAGCUAAUGGUAGCAGCCUGCAUGAUUGUGAACUUUUUAAUUGCCCAUAUUUCCGGAAAGAAAAAUUACCUAAAUCUUGAGUACUUGUCUUCGUGAACUUUUGCAGUACAAAAAACAACAACAACAAAAAAAGAGUUGAAAUCUAGCAAAUUACUAAAAAAUAUUUUUCUUAAGUAGGAUAAUGUUUUUUAAGGAACUUUGUAUGCACAUUUGUCAGUGCGACUGAGUAAAUGCAGCCCUAGUGUAAAGUGCUUUAAGUAGUCAAUAUGACUUAGGAAAGAACUAUUCAAUCUAAUGGCCAUUUUACAGUUUCAUUUAUCUUUCAGUUACACUUGAUUAUUAUGAGGCUGUGAUUUAAUCUCUAGCUGGAUCUUCUUAGUUUUAAAAUGAAUCAAGUGCAACUAAUUUGUCCACUUUUAAACAUUUGAUGAAGCUUUAAAGCAAUCUAAUAGAAACAUGAGUUGAUUCCAAUCAUAUCAAAGUUAAAUUUAGGAAAACCUUUUUUUGAAUUAUUUUCCUCUCUUUACAUAUGCAGACAAACUCUUAUUUGCACAUCUGUGUCAUUUCUCUUGGGUUGAACUUAUGUAGAUUUUCAUCAUAAAAUCCAUCCCCUAGUCAUGCAGGCUGCUUCUACAGACAGAUGUUGGUGGUAUUUUACAGUGAUUCCUAGAAGGUAGUAUUACAAGGUGGAAGUGAAUUGGAAUGAGAGCAGUUUAGCCACAAAGUGGAAGACCACAUUAAGUCACAACGGAGUCAGCGAAUGCCGAGACACAUGGUGUGCAAAGGUCACAGCUUUUUACAGAACUUCCAACUUUAUGAAGCAUUGAGUUUAUCUCAGAGAGCUUCAUGAAAUGGACUUCAUGGCUGAAAUUUUGCAAUCACCAAGUCCAAGGUAAAGGAUGGUGUUUCCUUUACCUUGGAAACAACAUUCAAGGUUAAGGAUGCUGUUUCCACAUUAGAGCAGUGGAAAUGUGUUUUCUGGGGAGACAAAUAAUUUCUCUGGCAUUCCAGUGAAUAAACUUUGGUGUUUUCCAGAGGAACAGUACUUCCCUGAUUCCACUGUGUCAAAUGUAAAGUUCAGUGCAGAGAUAAUUAUGGUGGGGAGCCUUCAUACAAGAGUUGGGCUCAUUAGUUUCAGUGAAAUGUUUUAGUGCUCUAGCAUACCAAGACUUUUUCCUUCAGUUUAGACAUGGAAAAAAGACAACAGGUGAUCCAACUUGAAAAUGUUUUAAUUUGUUA